AUCUCUCGGCCUGUUGCAGGUUAAUUGGCGGGAUUUGUUCAUUGGUUCGCUCUGAUUGCGCCAGGUGCAUUUGUCUCUGUUGAUUGGCUACACAGCGGCAACUUCAGGAUUUUACCCUCCAGAACCAGCACACACUUUAGUCCUUCAGUUUCUCUUCCUCAUCGUAAGCCGGCAUCAGCACCAGGUUUUGACCCGCAGCAUUAUGGCUUGUGAAAUCUGCAGAGAAACCGAGCUGGAGCAGGCCGAACAUACUGAGGACCGCGUUGUAAAGAGAGGUAGUGUGUUUCGCCCCAUGCUGCGCGGACUCUUCUGGCCCUUCGGCAUCGUGGUGCGCACAUACCGCGGGUUUUGGUGGCUGUUGGGCUUCCGGCAGCCACUGGAGAUCGCCGUCGUCAGCCCCGCGGUCUCCAGUCCCGUACGCCAUAGCCUCGCAGGCCGCAAGCGUCUGCACAGACUCACCCGCCUACUGCUGUCCAUCCUACCCCGCUGGGUGCAGAGCGCCAUGGGCUACCCGGUGUCAACCAGCAUAGGGAGAUCCCUCUCACCAGGUAUUGUAGCUGAGAUCCGAGUCUCUCCUACUAAACCUUGUGGAAAGGGCAGCAAGAGAAAGCAGGAUGAGUUGGAUGAGGAUGAUGAGGAAGAGAGUCAGACCUGGGUGGAGGCUCUCAAUCAGGAGCUCGACGACGACAGCCCCGAUCAGGAUCCUGACUAUGAGCCCAGUACCAUAGAGACUGGGAGUGAAGAGUACUGCUCACACAACGACACGGAAAGUGACAUUGAAGUUCAGGAGAAUAUUGUGGUCAUUGAAGAUGUGAACACGGGUGUCGAGCUGGCCCCUCCAUCUGAAGUCUCUUGUCCUGAUGUUUAAUUUGUCAUAUUGACAAUGUUGUGUAGUAUUUCAGUGUUUUUGUAUCUUUAUAUAUUCAAUAAAUGUUGUCUUUUUCCUUGA